UGAACUUGAAAGAAAAGCAUGUGUAUAUUUUUGUAAUUUUGUUUUACUAUAAAAGCUUUCAUCAACGAAUGACAACGCCUGUAGGGUCCACACGACCCUUAAAUUGUUGCACUGAUACAGCAAACGCAGUUUGUGAAGUAAGAGACUAAGCUGAAGACACUCAGGAAUCACAAAUUAUUUACAAGAAUCACUGUGAUAUUCUUCCAGUGAGGAAAUCUGAUUUUCAGUAUGAAGUUACCAGUUGCACUGCUGUUGAUAGCGGGUAUAUCCAUUACAAAAGUCCAAGGAUCUAGAAGGUCUUCUGCUACUAUAGCAGCUUUGCACAGACCCGGCCAGGCAUUGGUGAAUUCUUACCCGAAAAUAUCGAUCCCUUUUUAUGUACUCACGUCAUAUAUGCAUUCGUUGACAUAUCUGAUGAUGGUCGUAACCUGACACCUUUUAACUGGAACGACGUUACACCUGGAACAGGUCUUUACGCUCGGACAUUAGCACUGAAGAAAAAGAACCCCAAAUUAAAGGUCCUAUUGGCUGUGGGUGGCUGGAUUAUUGGUUCCGAGCCUUUUAUACCUAUGGUAGCCAGUUCUAGAAACCGCCGCAUUUGGAUAGAAAAUGUCAUCAAAUAUUUACGCAAAUACAAUUUCGACGGCUUUGACAUGGAUUGGGAAUUUCCUGCAACCAGAGGGAGUCCACCCGAAGACAAAUAUCGAUUUACAUCAUUGAUGGAGGGAUUGUAUACAGCCUUUGAAUCUGAAGCAGAGAAGACAGGACAAGAAAAAUUACUGCUUACUUUAGCUACGGCUUCUGGAUCAUACUACAUCAACAAAUCUUAUGAACCCCAUAAAAUUAUCAACUAUGUCGAUUAUAUGUUGCUGAUGACCUAUAACUACCAUGGUCAGUGGGAGAAAGUAACUGGACAUCACAGUGGAAUGUGGCGGCAUCACAAAGAUCCACCCGGGGAAAAGAGUGAACUGAACACGGAUUGGUCAAUCCGGUACUGGCUUGAUGUCGGAAUUCCGAAAUCCAAACUUAUUGUAGGCAUUCCUACAUAUGGAAUGAGUUUCACAUUAGCUAACCCGUCGAUACACGGACUGUUUGCACCCGUUGAGGGAGGAGGUCGUAUGGGGAGAUACAGCAGCGAAAAAGGAAUUCUCUCUUUCUACGAGGUCUGUGAAAAUAUCCGCGAACGAGGCUGGAAGAGUCUGUGGAUUGAUGACCAGGAGGUACCAUACGCCUACGGUGGUGACCAGUGGGUGGGUUACGAAAAUGCUGCUAGUGUAAGAAUCAAGGCACGUAAUAUCGUAAAGAAUAAUUUUGCUGGUGCAUUCGUAUGGUCUUUGGAAAUGGACGAUUUCAGUGGGUCUUGCAACGAGGGCAAGUCUCCAUUGAUGAAUACAAUAGGAAAUGUGCUGCAACCCUACGGUCCGAGCAGAGCGGAGAUUACAUGGGGACAGAAGUCAAGCAUUGGAAGAAUACAUGUUACGGGAAGACACAGAAGUUCAAAUCGACCAAGAAUAACUGUUAAACCGAAGCCUGCUUGGAAAGAGAAACCGACAUGGAAGCCAAGACCAACGUGGUUUAAACAAACGAAGAAGUUUAAAUAUGCAACAAGAAACAAUCUGGUGAUCAAGCCAACGAAGCAGCCAUCAGCAGCUGGAAGUGUCGACUGUUCUAAAUUAGGCGAGGGUAUUUAUCUUGAUCCAACAUCUUGUGAAUAUUUCGUCCAUUGCAUCUAUGGUGGAGGACACUCGUAUUAUUCAGUGAAAAUGAAAUGUCCAGAAGGAACGUUGUUUGACCGUGAUUUAGGAAUCUGCAACCAUCGCUCGAAUGUUAUAUGUUGAAAGCGGUAGAAGCCAAUACGGAAAAUGGUCGUCUGCAUACAGAGAAGGCAUAUCAAUUGGUUAAACAUUUAUAAUGGCUAAUAAUAAUAAUAAUAAUAAUAAUAAUAAUAAUAAUAAUAAUAAUAAUAAUAGUUAAAACGCGAAUAUUAAUUAUAAUAAUGAUGAUUACUUAAUGUUAAUAUAUUAAAACGAUGUGACAUUAUUAUCUUGUAAAAUGCAAAUGAGUAAAUGCA